CUACCUUGGCUGUCGCUAAGUCGCCCCGGCCGAGUUCCGCCCCGCCGCCGCCGCCGCCGCCGCCAUGCCCCGGGGCAGCCGCAGCAUGGCCGCCCGGCCAGCCAGCCGCCCCGCUGCCCACCCGCCCGCGCACCCGCCGCCCUCUGCUGCCGCCCCGGCCCCGGCCCCGUCUGGCCAGCCAGGUCUUAUGGCUCAGAUGGCGUCCACUGCCGCUGGGGUCGCCGUGGGCUCGGCUGUGGGGCACGUCGUGGGCAGCGCCCUGACCGGAGCCUUCAGCGGCGGGAGCUCGGAGCCUGCCCAGCCUGCUGUCCAGCAGGCCCCCGCCCGCGCUGCCCCCCAGCCCAUGCAAAUGGGACCCUGCUCCUACGAGAUCAAGCAGUUCCUGGACUGCUCAACCACUCAGAGUGACCUGUCCCUGUGUGAGGGCUUCAGCGAGGCCCUGAAGCAGUGCAAGUACAACCAUGGUCUGAGCUCCCUGCCAUGAAGAGGGCCCUGGGCAGACCAUAGUCUGGCUCAGAGAAGGUUCCUGGGCCACAGCCCUGCACCUUUACCCCCCACGGACAGCUGGACCAGGAUUCCAGAUUGUACCCGUGUCACUGGGAUGGGCAGUAAGGAGGAGGGGUUCUUACCCACCAAUAGCCUGAGACACAAAUGUGCAAUAAAAGAGUUUAUUUUAGGCCACA